CAGAGGUACAGGUGCCUGGGGUGCAGCUCGCCUCCCUCUACCCGCCGCCGCCUUCCGUGCAGGCCUCGCGUCCCUUGUCCCGCCUUCUGCUGCGGCCGCCCUCUCGCCGCGCCAAAUGCAGGCUGUUUCCCUCCCGGAGGAGAUCUGUUGGCUCCUGGAAGAUACUGAAGACUUCCUGGCAGAAGGCUUGCAGAAUGAGAACCUCAGUCCUGGGGUGCAGGAUCAGAGAGCCCACAUUCUCCGGGGUUUCCAGCAAAUCAGAUCCAGGUACCGUUGGGAUUUUCAGCCCCAAGGAGGUGACCUUGGCCAGGACGGCUCUGAUGACAAUCUGAGUGGGACUCAUGGCCCACCCCUCACGUCAGAAGCAUCCUUUUGGUCAGAUUAUCAGGAUGAGGGAAUAGAAGACAUCUUAAGAGGGGCUCAAAAGCUGGAUAACGUCAUCAAGCAAGGGUACCUGGAAAAGAAAAGCAAAGAUCAUAGCUUCUUUGGGUCGGAGUGGCAGAAGCGAUGGUGUGUUAUCAGCAGAGGGCUCUUCCUCUACUAUGCUAAUGAGAAAAGCAAGCAGCCCAAAGGGACCUUCCUCAUUAAGGGCUACAAUGUCCGGAUGGCCCCUCACCUGCGAAAAGAUUCCAAGAAAGAAUCCUGCUUUGAACUGAUCUCCCAGGAUAGGCGCAGCUAUGAGUUUACAGCUUUUAGUCCAGCUGAAGCCAGAGACUGGGUGGAUCAAAUAAGUUUCUUGUUAAAAGAUCUUAGCUCCUUAACCAUUCCCUUUGAAGAGGAGGAGGAGGAGGAAGAGGAGGAAGAGAAAGAAGAGGAAGAAAUGUACAAUGACAUCGAUGGCUUUGACUCCCCAAGGUCUGGUUCCCAGUGCAGAGCCAUGGCCUUGCCUGAGCCUACUGAGAAAGAGGAGGACAUUUAUGAAGUCCUACCAGUGGACUAUGCCGAUUAUUACCAGGGCCUAUGGGAUUGCCAUGGUGACCAGCCGGAUGAACUGUCCUUCCAACGGGGUGACCUCAUCCGCAUUCUGAGCAAGGGUCUGUUUAAACAGAUUACCAGAAACUGCCGUCCCCUACUCUGGCCACGGAUUCUUCUCUUCGCUGAACAGAGCUCUGCUGCUUCGUGUGACUUCAAGCCACUAAUGAGAUGAGUAGGAAGAGGAGAGUCCAUCGGCCCUGUUCCUCAAGCAGCCAGCUUCUAGCUUACUGCCCUCUCUGUGUCCCCACAUCCAUAAGCCUUUCCUACAAGCCUGCUACAAAGGAGACAGCAACGAAGGAAAUCAUGGGAGGAGGAGGUUACUGAUGGGAUGUGGCUUGC